CCCCACACAGCUCCUUGUCAGUUUCCAGCACCUACUGCUGCAGAAGGUAACCUUUGUUCAAGUCUACUGGUGGAUCGUUAACUAGCAAUUUGACCCUCAGGUAUGGGGGAAAUUACGCAAGAGAGCAGAAAGACCUGAGUUGGACAGUACUGUCCCCCAUACAGCUUAUCAGCUGCUGUCCUGGGUGACAGUCCCACGUUUUGCACAUCACGUCGAGGUCCAUUCAGGUUUUCCCUGCGCUCUCUCCUGCCAAGUUGAUGUCCUAUAGCACCUGCCUCUGUCUGUCCCUGUCUGAGCAAAGUCUCUGAACAAGGUAGGAUAUUUGCUCUGUCUUUAUUCAAUAGAAUGGUAUUAUAAUUGUCUGCUGAAUAUUACUACUCUGGAAUGAAUUCAUCAAUUUCUUGAUGUGUGCUUGGAUUCUUUAACGAUAGGCUAUUUUUUUCAUGUGCCAGACCACCACAUCAAUCUACAAAUCACAGACAGCUCUUGCAACAUGUUCCUACAGUCCUUGCUCACCUGUCAGAGUGGUGAACGGGGGUCAAUUGUCUGUCUCUGUCUGUCUGUCAGUCUGUCUGUGUCCGUCUGUCUUGGAAUACAUUUGUCCAUCUGUCUUGGUUUGUGAAAUACAUUUGAAACAGUUGGACAGUUCUUGCAUUAUUAACCUCUGAAUAUUUAGGAUUAUUUGUACAGCAUCUACAGCAAAGCAUUGACUGAUACUGGGAGGUGUUAAGUUGCCUAUAAUUGCAUGUAAUUGUCUAACCAUUAAAACCAAGAGUAACUGUGAUUUUGACCUUUAGAUUGCUUUCUGGUACUGAUACAGUAGCUUUCACAGUAUAUAUCCAAUGUAAUGUUUGAAUUUCAGUGGCAAAGGCAUGUUCAGAGUGAAAAAAUUUGACCAGUAGCCUAUAAUAGCUGCAUGCGUUGGUUGCCUAAGCUAUAUAUAGAUAGAUACAUGUGUUCAAAGCAAACAAACAAACAUGACCUAGCCUAGAUCUCAGGACAUGCAUGCAAAAAACAUGGUCAAACUAAACUCAACCAAGCAGGUUCCUCGUGUUUUAUUGUUUUGCCAACAAUCAAUCAAUCAAUCAAUUUUAUUUUAUAUAGCCCUUCUUACAUCAGCUAAUAUCUUGAAGUGCUGUACAGAAACCCAGCCUAAAACCCCAAACAGCUAGUAAUGCAGGUGUAGAAGCACGGUGGCUAGGAAAAACUCCCUAGAAAGGCGAAAACCUAGGAAGAAACCUAGAGAGGAACCAGGCUAUGAGGGGUGGCCAGUCCUCUUCUGGCUGUGCCGGGUGAAGAUUAUAACAGAACCAUGCCAAGAUGUUCAAAAAUGUUCAUAAGUGACAAGCAUGGUCAAAUAAUAAUCAGGAAUAAAUCUCAGUUGGCUUUUCAUAGCCGAUCAUUAAGAGUUGAAAACAGCAGGUCUGGGACAGGUAGGGGUUCCAUAACCGCAGGCAGAACAGUUGAAACUGGAAUAGCAGCAAGGCCAGGCGGACUGGGGACAGCAAGGAGUCACCACGGCCGGUAGUCCCGACGUAUGGUCCUAGGGCUCAGGUCUCUCAGUUGGCUUUUCAUAGCCGAUCAUUAAGAGUUGAAAACAGGCUCAGGCUUAUUCUUUAUUGUCUCCUGCUAUGAUGUGUCUUGUUAAAGCCUGCUUGGACAACUCAUUACUUGAUGGGUUGAGCCUUACUCAUGUAGGAACAUAGAUACAGAAUUGUAUUUUUUUGUGUCAACCUGCUUCCUGUUUAGAGGUAAUCUGUUAAAGGCCCAGUGCAGUCCAAAACUAGAUUGUAUAUAUAUUUCCACACUAUGAGGUUGGAAUAAUACAGUGAAAUUGUGAAAUUGAUGAUAUGCCCUUUUAGUGUAUGAGUUGUUUGAAAAGACCGCCUGAAAUUUCAGCCUGUUUUGGUGGGAUAGAGUUUUGACCUGCCUGCUCUGGUGACAUCACCAGGCAGUAAACAGACCAAUAAGAAAUAGUUCCAAUCCUCUCUGCUAAUAACAGCUAGUUUUUAGUUUUCCCCUCCCACUUAGACCACUCCCAGACAGUCCUAGCAAAAUUCUUGCUUGAGAAAUUGUUCUAGCUAAGAAGCUAUUUUAGUUUCUUUUUUACAAUUUUUAAUUUAAAACAAUCCCAGUAAGGUACUUAAUUGUUACCCAGAAAUGAUUUGAUAUUGAGAUAAAAACAUCUGCAUUGGUCCUUUAAGAGAGCAUAGAGAUUCUAUCCAAUUUAUGUAUUACAGUUCAUCGUUUUUUUGCAGAAAUGUCAGUAAGCACUAAUGUUUGCAUCAUUCUGUGCAAAAGUUCAGUGUUUACUUUGCCACAUAACUUAGGCAAUUGUUUUGCAAUUAUGAUGAACUUUGCCCUAGAGACAUUUUGACCGUAGUUAUCUGAUCUAUCUGGUCGGAUCUUCUGUUCUUUUCUUGUUGAAGUGGUGAAACAAAACAAUGUCCUCAUGAACCAGAUUAACAUUUUCUUUCACUGUUAUGAGCUAUGUCUCAAUAUUUUAACUGCUCGUUUGGAAUUUGAACUGCAGUCAAGUGACACCAUCCACCUUUCUCUCUCCAUACAUGUUUGGCAGCUUCUUGGCAAAAUUGUAUACUCAAGGCAUGUCAUCAUUAUGACUGUCAUAGCUAAACUAUAGCAGAGCCGUGUGAAAAUUGUCUUCAAUUUCAAGAUACAAACACUAGAUGGCAUAAUUUCACUGACAUUUUUCAUCAUAGGCUGAUUGACUUCAUGUCAGAGAUAAUGAUGAGGUAUGAUGGUCAAGUAACCCAACAUGUUACUUUAUGUGCACUUCACUACAUGCUUUGGGCCUAUGUUGUAUUUGAGACAUGUAAUAACCAACAUAUUUACUAUGUGUGUCUAUGGAGAUAACAACUGUACAGAACCUUGACUGAGAUCUGCCUUUGAAGUAGGACAAAAAAGGUUUUUCAGCAUAAAUACGUGCUCUUUCUCAGUGUCACUUUCUUAGUUAAAAGUCAACCGUCUUGGUGUAACCUACUAUAUUUAAGUGAAAGAUUGGAAAAAGCUCUGCAAAUGGUUACAAGUUUUUGGCACAAACCCUUUAAUUUCGCCAUUCGUUAUCAAUCGAGCUAAGCAGCUAUUGACACAACCCCUGACGCUGUCAUGUUGCAAUACCCACUCAUAUAAGGAUCCAGGAGGGUAUACUUUUUCUCUUGAAUUAGUAGAAUAUCAGGAGCCUUUGCACAAACUAUUUAGAGAUUUUAUUCAUUUGAUAUUUAUAGCUCGUUGAUCAUGAUCAAGUGGUUUCUGCACAUCUAAUGUAGAUAUUUGACGUAUUUUAUUUAAGCAUUUACAAGAUGUCUGAACAAGAGGAUUCCAUUGUUACCAAUGGGGUUCCUGUCGUAGAGAAGAGUUCUGAGAGGUAUGUGGACUUAUAGUAACCUUCUAUGCUGAAGUACCAGUUUAUUAUUGCUGAAUAUUCACCAAAUAAUGGUACAGUGUUUUAUGACUGAGUGUUUAUUUAAGCAUCUUUUAUUUUCAUAUGCUUCAUUCUAGUUGUGUGAGUGACAUUCCUCUUGGCGAAACCGAACAGUUACCACCAGUCGCCAAACUCCAACAGAACAGAAACCACUCGAGUCCCCUCAUCAAUGGAGGAGUAGUGGACCAUCCACAGCCAAACUCUGAGUCAGAGUCAGAUGGAGAGUGCAAAGACAGCCAGGAGACAGCUGCUGUAGAACCUGCAGUGAUAACCCCAUCAAGCAUACCUGAAGUACCAGCCAAACCACCCAGAUCACCUGGACUAGAGGGACCUCAAUGGGAUCCUCUCUCAGGUAAUAGCAGUUUAUGGUGAUCAUAGGUAGGGCUAAUAGUUUUUUUAUGUAGGAGAUGGACUCAAUUUAACUGAAGCAGAUCAGAUGUUUUAUCGCAUGUAAGACGAACAUGAUUAUGUUUUGUAGUUCAUAAUUCAGCAGUUAUAAAGAAACUUGUGGAACAGUUUGACAGAAAUGUGCCUAAAAGCAUAAUCAGUUCAGGGUUACAGUUAUUCUGGUCUUCGAGGAAAUGUGUUAUUUAAUCUAUGAGGAAGAACAUUUUUAACCUGUCCCCCUUUGCAUGUUUUUGACCUUUUCUAUUUAAUCAGAGCCAGUUUCACCACUCAAACCUAAUUGGUGGGUAGGCAGUGACAUUCCAUAGCUUCCUCUAUUCUCAGAAUCAACAUGAUACAGGCAGCUCAGUUCUAGUUAAGAGGGUUCAAAUGGUUAUACUUCACACUGAGACAGCGAAUGAGGGUGUGGUAGAGAUAGUCCAGUCUGAUUCUCAGACAUAGCCACACCCCCUGACUUCUGUUUUAUUUAACCCUUAUUUUACCAGGUAAGUUGACUGAGAACACAUUCUCAUUCUGUACCUACCUGCGGUCCACUGCGUUCUUGUGGGAACAGGGAAAGGGAAUACUAGUCUGAGAUUACUCCAUAAACUACCACUGAUGGCAGGCAACUGCUUCCCCUGCUGUCCCCGUACUACAGGUGCCUCGCUGCCCCUGAAGCUGUCGGAUGUGUCUCUGGCCCCAGCGGAGCAGCUCUGGUGCACCUCCAGGGACCAGGCGGUCAAGCUGAGGAUGACCGAGACAGGGCCUGGCUCCGAGGCCCCCAUGACCGUCCACCAGAUGUUCCUGGAGACGGUGGAGAGCUAUGGAGACCUGCCUGCACUGGCAUCUAAGAAAGACGGGCAGUGGGUCACCCUGACCUGGAGGGAGUAUUACCAGCAGUGCCGAGUGGCGGCCAAGAGCUUCCUCAAGGUCUGUUUAUUGAUGUAGUUGUUGUGUCAGUGUCUGUGCUCUUUAGUUGCUCUCUGUUCUAUGCUUAAGUGGAAUUUAAUCGAAAAUGAUCUCUCAAAGUUUUUCCGUUGCUCUAUCUACAGUAUGUUAUGAUGUACUUUUUGUACCAGGAUGUGUUCUGCAUUUUUUAGUUGCUCUAUAUAGACACGUAGGAGUAUUUUUCAACUUUGCCAGUGAAUUCUAAUUAACUAUAAUGCAGAUCUGUUAACAUCACUGAAAAUCAUCUUCAAAUAGGCUAUGGUAGGGUUCCCCAACUGGCGGCCCACGAGCCGAAUUUGGCCCGUGGGUGGUUUUAUUUGGCCCCCAACAUUUUCGGAGCAAAAUAAAAUUAUAUAUAGAUUAUUAUUAUUAUUACUACCUUUUUUCAUUGUUGGAAAUAAGACUGAAAAAACUCCAGGAAAUUAGCGCCAAGUGAUUUUAACUUAAGAAAUCUGUUCCCAAGUACUCCCACGGAUAAUAGAGAGAUGCAUGAUCAUAUUCAAAUGUAACUAAGGUUUGAAAUGAUUAUGUUUUAGUCAAAGAUAUCUGUUUGGGAUUCUUGCAGUCAAUUUGUGGUCUACAAAUGAUUUGUAAUUAUACAUUUUUUACAUUUGACAUUUUAGUCAUUUAGCAGACGCUCUUAUCCAGAGCGACGUACAGUAGUGAGUGCAUACAUUUUCAUACUUUUCAUUAUAAACUGGGUGGUUCGAGCCCUGAAUGCUGAUUGGCUGACAGCCGUGGUAUAUCAGACCGUAAACCAUGGGUAUGACAAAACAUUUAUUAUCAGUGCUCUAAUUAUGUUGGUAACCAGUUUAUAAUAGCAAUAAGGCACCUCAGGGUUUGUUGUACACUACUGGUCAAAAGUUUUAGAACACCUACUCAUUCAAGGGUUUUUCUUUAUUUUUUUACUAUUUUCUACAUUGUAGAAUAAUAGUGAAGACAUCAAAACUAUGAAAUAACACAUAUGCAAUCAUGUAGUAACCAGAAAAGUGUUAAACAAAUCAAAAUAUAUUUUAUAUUUGAGAUUCUUCAAAUAGCCACCCUUUGCCUUGAUGAGAGCUUUGCACACUCUUGACAUUCUCUCAACCAGCUUCAUGAGGUUGUCACCUGGAAUGCAUUUCAAUUAACAGGUGUUCCUUCUUAAAAGUUAAUUUGUGGAAUUUCUUUCCUUCUUAAUGCGUUUGAGCCAAUUAGUUGUGUUGUGACAAGGUAGGGUGGGUAUACAGAAGAGGGCUAUUUUACCAAGAAGGAGAGUGAUGGAAUGCUGCAUCAGAUGACCUGGCCUCCACAAUUCCCCGACCACAACAAAAUUGAGAUGGUUUGGGAUGAGUCGGACCGCAGAGUGAAGGAAAAGCAGCCAACAAGUGCUCAGCAUAUGUGGGAACUCCUUCAAGACUGUUGGAAAAUCAUUCUAGGUGAAGCUGGUUGAGUGUCACGAUCGUUACAGGAAGAGACGGACCAAGGCGCAGCGUGAUAAGCGUACAUUUUAUUUCGUACACAACACACAAACAAAACAACAAAACGAUACGUGAAGUCCUGAGGUUACACAACACAAACCUUUACGGAACAAGAUCCCACAAACUAACUGGUGCCAACAGGCUGCCUAAGUAUGGUCCCCAAUCAGAGACAACGAGCUACAGCUGUCUCUGAUUGGGAACCACCCUGGCCAACAUAGAUCAACACGAUCUAGAACAAAAACAUAGAAAACUAAACAUAGAAAAAUCCACACCCUGGCUCAACAUUUAAGAGUCCCCAGAGCCAGGGCGUGACAUUGAGAGAAUGCCAAGAGUGUGAAAAGCUGUCAUCGAGGCAAAGGGUGGCUAUUUGAAGAACCUCAAAUAUAAAAUAUAUUUUGAUUUGUUUAAUACUUUUUUGGUUACUAUGGGAUUCCAUGUGUUAUUUUAUAGUUUUGAUGUCUUCACUAUUAUUCUACAAUGUAGAAAAUAGUAAAAAAUAAAGAAAAACCCUUGAAUGAGUAGGUGUUCUAAAACUUUUGACCGGUAGUGUAUAUGGCCAAUAUACCACGGCUAAGGGCCUUAUUGCUUAAUUAUGUUCCAGCCCCCGACCAUCCGCUCAAUAAAAAAAUCGUCCCGCGGCUGAAUCUAGCUGAUGAUCCCUGGACUAUGGUCUAUUUAGAAUUUGACCUCAAGAGAAAGGGGAUUAUGAAUGUUUACACAUCAGAAAUAAUUUCCUUGUUCUCCCAUUGUCAUUUCUGUCUCCUUGUAAGAAUGGUGCUGGUGAAAAACAAAACACUUGGGUGUGUUAGAUUCAAAGCUUAAGUUACAUCUCCAGUGUCAAGGAGAGGCGAUGAAGUGGAGUAGUUUUCAAAGCAUCAUGUAGGUCAACAGUAAAUGAGCCAGUGUGCCACAUUCUUAUUGAUUAUAAAUGUUUCUUUCGGACUCUUUCUCUUCCUCCCUCUACUGUAGUUGGGACUGGAGCGUUACCAUGGUGUCGGUAUUCUGGGCUUUAACUCUCCAGAGUGGUUCAUCUCAGACAUUGGCUGUAUACUGGCUGGGUAAUGAUAACAAACUUUUAACAUGAUUAAGAUCACUUUAUUGGUCAAUUGUCCAACCGAAAUGUGACAUCCGCUUUUAACCCAACCCCUCUGAAAGACACACACAGGUUUUUGGAGAGGUGCUCAAGGGCACAACGGCAGGCCAAUGUUUUUCCCCAUCAGACCCGGGAUUCGAACUUGCAACUCUCCGGUUACUGGCUCGCCUCUCUAACCGCUAGGCUACCUGCCGCCCCUAUUAUUAUACAUCUAGCAUGCACUAUCUUACCAUGCACUACCCUGCACUAUUGUUCAUACUGUAAAUGCUGUGAGACUUGGACAACCAGCUGCUUCCUCAUAGAAAGUAUUCAUCCCACACAGCAAUCACAGUCUAAACCACCUCAAUAAGAAAGUUGUCUGAUCUGAUGUGUGUUGUGUGCCAGGGGCUUUGCUGCCGGCAUCUACACCACCAACUCCCCCGAGGCAUGUCUGUAUGUAGCAGACAACUGUGAGGCCAACGUCCUUGUGGUGGAGAACCACAAACAGCUCCUCAAAAUCCUCCAGGUGAGACCCCAUAACACAUACUGAACUAUACUGUUGCCCUGGUUGUGUCUGCCAAUAAAAUAAAAUAGAAAUGUCUACAACUCUGGUGAUUUAAUUAGACGCAGAAAAAAUAAGUUUCGAUCUGAGUUGGAUCUUCGUCAGGUCAUACACCACUGUGAAAUACACCUACUUAAAUAACCUCUAGAGGUAUGUACAUCUGGUCAAUUGACUAUAUCCAGUCAAUUGAAUACAUAUGACACAUUAACAUCAAAAUAAAUAUUACACAGUAGACAUAAAGAAAAACAUUAAUACAUUUUGGUUUGUUUAUCCAUGUCAAGUAAUAUAGGUGUGCAAUAGAUUUUAAAAACGGGUGAGACAAAUGCGUAUAGAAUAAUAUAUAGAGAAAACUAAAAAAUGCCAAUAGCCAUAGAACCUAUGCACAGAAUUAUGCAAACAUCCAUCCAGAAUUAUGAAAAAAAGAAUUUAAAAAAAGUAUGAAUCCAAUACUGCGCUCUGUUUUAUUUGUAAGUCGAUCAAGUGAAUAUGUUUCUUGUUUUUGUGCCAAAAUGAUUAAUUCUAAAAUUCCUACUUUGUCCAUACCUUUCAGAUUAAGGACCAGCUUCCACACUUGAAAGCUAUCGUUCAGUACAAGGAUGAACUGCAACAGAAGCUGCCAAACUUGUACACUGUAAGUUUGCAUCGAAAGAAUAUCUAUAAGCAAGAUCAAGUUUAGCCAGCUGGAAAAAAACAUUAUUUAUUUGCAUAAUAGAUAGCAAUGUUAGUAGCACACAGUAUUUCCUAUAAUUUUUCAUGUCCUACACUGUAACUGUGAGACUGUUAAUCCAUUCACAUUACUGAGAAAACUGAGCCAAGUCGAGCUGAACUGGGCUGGCUUUGCUACACAUCCACCAUAGUUGUUGGAAAGGAUAAUGUGAAAAGAAAAUAUCCAAGCCAGCACAGUACGAUUCGGAUUGGAUCUAUAAUGUGAACCAGGCGUUACUGACUCAACCUCUGUCCUCCUACAGUGGGCUGAGUUUAUGAAGCUGGGUGAAGAGGUGUCUGAUGAACAGCUGAAUGCUGUGGUGGACAGUCAGAGGGCUAACCAGUGUUGUACGCUCAUCUACACCUCUGGAACCACAGGCAAACCCAAAGGGGUCAUGCUGAGUCAUGACAAUGUGAGUAAUGACAAUGACAUGACAAUAAAAAUAGGCUAUUGAGGAAAAAGCUCUAUAUUGACAUGUACAUUUACUGUACUGCAGUAUCCAGCUGGCUCCCCCUUCAUCCUCACAGGAUGUGGUGGCUCCCUCAGACACAUUACAGUAGUACUAUAUGGUGGAGAUAGCUCUGGGGCCACUGGGCACCGGAUACAGUAUGUGAAAGAGUCACAAUUUUGUCCAUGUAUUGUUCACGGCAAGGACAAACAAAAACGUAGCUUAUAGUUUUUCCUCUAAGUGGUGACCGACUCUCUCCUCAGAUCACCUGGACUUCAAAUGCGGCGGGCACCAUGCCAGAUCUGAAACAUGGUGAGGAGGUGGUGGUGAGCUACCUGCCCCUGAGCCAUGUAGCUGCCCAGGUCAACGACAUGUGGAUCGCCAUGAGAUUCGCAGGGGCGACGUAUUUCGCAGAACCAGACGCCCUGAAGGUCAGAAUCCCUAACUAUUAUACUACAGAUAAUGAUGCUGUGCAUUACUUUCCUUUCAAAAUGCUAUUUACAAUGAGAACAAUUGAUUGAGGUGUAGUGGUUUGGUUUUCACUUGGUUGGGAAGGGUGGGACUGGAGUAACGGGAUGUAACUUGAUGAUUUCAUAGGGCUCUUUGGGGAAUACACUGAAAGAGGUGCGCCCCACCAGUUUCCUGGGAGUUCCCCGUGUGUGGGAGAAGAUGCAGGAGAAGAUGAAAGCCAUUGGUGCCAAGUCCUCUGGUAUGAGGAAAAGAGUGGCAGACUGGGCUAAAUCCAUCAGAUUGCAAGCCAGCUACAGUGCCAUGAAUGGGUAAGGAUUUAUCUCAGGUUCUUGUUGUUCAAUCAAACCCACACUUCAGAAAUAAUGCAGAUUUUCAGUGCAUCAAAUUUCACCCAUAGACAUGAUCUUAUCAACAACAAUAAAAUAAAACCAUGUAUCCUCACUCACGCCCAAAUAGCAUAGUGCCACUUUCAGAACUACUGGCUUAAAAGUAUACAAAAGUAACAGAGAAUCUCGUUAAUCUUUUACACCAUGUGUGUUAUUCCUCCCUGUUUGUUGUGGAUUCCAGUGAGAACCUGGUGCCCUGGGGCUUCAUGCUGGCAAACAACCUGGUGUUUAAGAAGGUUCGCUGGGCCAUGGGCCUGGACCGCUGCAGGAACUGCUUAACAGGAGCAGCACCCAUCACUAAGGAGACCCUGGAGUACUUCAUGAGCCUUAGCCUCCCCUUGUAUGAGCUUUAUGGGAUGAGUGAAAGCACCGGCCCUCACACCAUCUCCUGGGAGAAUAACUUCAAGAUCAUGAGGUCAGCAACUAGAAAACUAGGAUGUCCACUGCCAUUUUUAAUGACUGUUUACAUUCAUUAAUUUGUAGUUGACAAAACUAUCAUUGUAAUAGCAAAACAUGAAUUGAUACCGAUAAGCCAUCAGAUAUAAAAGUGACAUUUAAUACCUUGCUUUGCGGUCUCACUGUAUAAAGAAUUGACAGAAAAUAUCAUGAUGUUGUCCUCAGCUGUGGAAAAGUGGUGAUUGGCUGCCAGACAAAGUUAGACAAGCCAGACGAGAAUGGGAAUGGUGAGAUCUGUUUCUGGGGGCGUCAUGUGUUCAUGGGCUACCUGAACGAGCCAGAAAAGACUGAGGAGGCCCUGGACCAGGAGGGCUGGCUGCACUCUGGAGACCUGGGCAAGCACGACAAGGACAACUUCCUGUUCAUCACAGGGAGGAUAAAGGGUAUAGUACUUAUUUAUAGUUUAUUUUCUAGAUGUACAGUAUAUAGCCACUACACAACAUGGCUGCCAGUGUUGGGUGUCGAUGGGAGUAAGAUGCUGUUUCUCCUAGACACUGAUCUAAGGUCAAUUUUGUGUACCUUCCCCUGAUCCUAAGUCUGUGCCUAAGGGUAACUUCUACCUUGAGCCUGGAUAUACAAGAUAAUCAUAGUUGAACAUCAUGUAGAUCUAUGAUCUAAAUAUCUAGCUAAGUAUGACAUAUCUUGUCCUGCAGAGCUGAUCAUAACAGCAGGAGGGGAGAAUAUUCCACCUGUGCCCAUUGAGGAUGCAGUGAAAGCAGAGACUGCCAUCAUCAGCAACGCCAUGUUGCUCGGAGACAAGCUGAAAUUCCUCUCCAUGAUGCUCACGCUCAAAGUAAGGCCUCAAACGUUAGAUGUGGACUGUAUUGCCAACUCCUAUGUUCAUUGGCAUGCUUUAGAAUUAUUGCUUUAGAAUUAUUAAGCAAUUAGAAUAGAAUUAUACAGCACAAACAGAUCUGGAUCCAGGCUCUGUUCAGAAAGACUCCUGGAUCACUCCUAACCUUUGACCCCACUCUCCCUCCGUAGUGUGUAGUCGACGACAAUGGCGAUCCGACGGACGAGCUGACCCCAGAGGCCUUGGCGUUCUGCCAGCAGCGUGGCGUCGUGGCAACCAAGGCCUCUGAGAUUAUAGCCAGUAAGGAGCCAGCUAUUUACAAGGCCAUUCAGGAGGGCAUAGAGCGCGUGAACGCUAAGGCCCCCUCCAACGCCCAGAGGGUCCAGAAGUGGUUUAUUUUGGACAGAGAUUUCUCCAUAUCCGGGGGAGAACUGGGUGAGUCAAUCAGUGUGAAAAAUAUAUUUUUAUUAAAUUAAAGCUAGUUUGCUAAACUAAAGCUAGUUUUGUGACGUUACUGUAUGUAAUUUUCAAUAGAUAAUUAGCUUUUUCAUAAUUUGACACACUUUUACAAAGAACUCUGAGAGUGAAGUAAAUGUUUUGCCAGUAAUGUUCAUCACGUAUAGUAUCUGACAAGGCAGUCUUGUGACUGUUUCAUACUAAACAACAUUCCUCUGGAUACCAUUGCAUGAUAUCAUCUUUCUUCCAUGCUGUUGAGUAUGUCAAAUGUGAUUGGAGCACAAGAAAAAGAGGACACUCAUUUUGAGAGCACGUUAAGUCUGAUUGAAUAUCAUUUCCUUCUUCUAUAUUCUCUCCAGGACCUACCAUGAAACUAAAGAGGGGGGUUGUUGUCAAAAUGUUCCAGGAGAAAAUCAACGCUAUUUAUGGAAUGGCACAAGAAUAACAGAGGGACUCAAAAAGGACUGGAGAACAUUGGACUGUUGUAGUUAUUGACCUAUUAAGUGCAUCUGCUCCAUAUCAAUAUUUAAGCUGUUUUUAUGUACAUAAGAUUACACAGCAAUGAUAUUAGCACUUUUUUGUAAAUAUACCGUAUAAUCAUCAUCGCCAAAUCUAGUGUCCACGACUGUGCAAGCAGUUUGUGCUUCUGGUAAGCUACUCUGCAAAAAGGAACUGUAAUUGCAACCAUAGCGAAAAUGUCAAAGUCGUAUCACUGUCAUAGGCUUUUUUGUUUAUUAUUUGUAAAAUAUAUGAACAUGUUUGCAAAAAAACACUUAUGUUCUCUCAACAUGUUCCAGGAGAAUCUAAAGACAUACCAAGGGCAAUCAUUUAGCAAUGCUAUAUUGUACACAUCAUUUUAAGUAAAGGACAAUGAUAUCGAAACAAAUGAUUUUAUCAUUGUUAUGUUUGUCAAGUGAUUUCAUAAAAAUACUACUUUGAAUCACAAUAACAUGGGUGAUACACUAAUACAUUUGUUUGAAUUUUACCCAAUGCUUUUCCGUGUACAUUAAGAAAUAUUAAAAUGCAAAUGUGUAUGUGUUAAAUGAACAUGAUCAAUAAAAUCAGAAAGGAUUUAAAGCCAUCAAGCUGUUCUGGACAAUA